AUGCCCGGGUAUCUGUGCCGCAUGGAUGGGUGCGGUCAGCACACUUUUCGAAAGCCGCCAAACAACGAGUGCGAAGCUUGCCGUCCGGUGAGCAAGCGGGGUGCUAACAGAAGAUGGCCGAAAAUUCGCUUCAGAGAGAAGUGUGCUGUGUCGCCCGGAGGCGUGCCCGACAGAACUACAGUGAGAGCUGCUGCUAGACCGAAUCAGAAGCGGAAUGCUGCAGUGAUAGAGGCGGAGUCGGCGUCAGAUCAACAGUCACCGAGGGAAGAGGAGCAGACAGGGUCUCAGCAGCCAGAGCCAGCCUUGCCUCCUCCCAGGCAGAGACAGUUGCAACCGAAUGACUACGAUGGGCACGAGACUGCGUUAAACGAGAUGUUCCAGGAGAUUCAGCAAAUCGUGGGCUCUGCAAGUGCACACAACGCACUCGGGUGUGCCCAAGCGAUGGUCAAGAGAUUCGCCAGAGCUGCUGCAUCAAUCCCUUCCGAUUUGACAACGAUCGUUGCAGUCAGCUUCGCUCUUCGUGGAGAUGAGAAUAACGAGGCCAUGCGUAUCGCGUGGUAUGAACAUUGCGGCCGCUUGAGCAUCUAUGCGAGGAAAGCACAUGAGUCUAGACUUAUUAUGGCAUUGCCGUUUCAGACAGAUUUACAAGAGGACAUGUCACUGACAGAUAUGUCACGAGUGACUUGA